UUAUUUGAUAGACGGAUCUAACCCAUAUUAUAACUGUGGCUUUUAACAAAGCUCCAAGGCCUCUCUGAGUUAUUUCAUUGAAGCGCACUCAACGUUCUCCAUUGAAGCGUUCUCCAUUGAAUCUAAUUCUUGUAUCCCCAUUGAACCAGCUUCUAAGGGCGGCUGCCCUGGGCCUGUGCAUCGAUCCGCCUCGUUGUCGAGGAUGAGUCAACUUCAGCAAUCACAGGUUCAUCAGCAAUUGCAACAGCAGCAGCAGCAAUUGCAGCAGCAACAAGUGAAUCCGCAGCAGCAGCAACAACAACAACAUCAACAAUUGUUGAGACAACAAGCGCAACAACAGCAAGCUGCGCUGUAUGGACAGAUGAAUUUUGGUGGGUCAAUGUUGAAUCAACCAUUGAGGCAGCAACAAUUACAACCUCUGCAGCAGCAGCAACAGCAUCAACAACAGCAGCAGCCGCAACAACAACAGCAGCAACCGCAACAACAACAGCAGCAACCGCAACAGUCUCAGCAACCACAACAGCAACAGCAACAGCCACAGCAACAACAGCAACCAUCUCAGCAGCAGCAACAACAACAGUUGCAGCAGCAACAAUUGGGCAGUGGGAAUUUGUCUCGGUCAACAAUGAUUGGACAAAGUGGGUCUUUGCCUGUAUUGUCUGGCCAAACUGCUGUGGCUGCUGCCCAAUUUAAUAAUAUACAAUCUCAGUUGCUUUCUUCGCCUAGGCAAAGGGCGAAUAUCCUCCAAAGUUCGCAAUUUCAAUCACCAAAUGCAAUGGGGCAAUCAGUGCAUAUGCAAGCAUUGCAGCUGAUGGGUUUUGGUUCACAGAUAAGAGCAAAUGGUGCAGUCUCGUAUGGGCAACGCAUCAAUCAAGCCCAGUUGAGGCAGCAAUUAACACAACAGAAUUCACUUUCGUCACCUCAGAAAAUUCAGGGUCAGAGCAUGUCACGAACGUCAUCAUUGGCAUAUAUGAACUCUCAGUUGUCUGGCUUGUCUCAAAAUGGUCAGCCAGGUAUGAUGCAGAACUCUUUGUCUCAGCAACAAUGGAUGAAGCAAAUGCCUGUGAUGUCUGCCCCUGGAUCACCAUCAUUGCGUCUGCAGCAGAAUCAGAGACAGAUCUUACAACAGCAGAUAAGUCAAUCUUCUCAAUUGCAGCAGACCAUGUCUUUGAAUUCCCAGCAAUUAUCUCAGCUGGUUCAACAGCAGCCCUCAAUGGGGCACCCUCAGGUGCAGCAGCAAUCCUUGCAGGCAAUGCGGCAGCUACAACAGCAACCAUUAGUGCAGCAACAACCAUCAACGCAACAACAGCAAUUACAGCAGCAGCAGCACCCGCACCCGCAACUGCUACAGCAAUCACCAACUAUGAAUCAGCAGCAGCAGCAGUUAUCUCCAAGGAUACAGGGACCAGCAGGCCAAAAGUCAUUAAGCCUAACUGGAUCACAACCAGAUGCUACUGUAUCUGGAACAACAACUCCAGGGGGCAGUUCAAGUCAAGGAACCGAGGCAAUGAAUCAACUUCUUGGGAAACGAAAGAUACAAGAUUUGGUUUCCCAGGUGGAUGCACAUGGUAAGUUGGAUCCUGAAGUUGAAGAUCUUCUCUUAGAUAUUGCUGAUGACUUCAUUGAUUCAGUUACUACAUUUGCAUGCAAUUUGGCAAAGCAUCGAAAAUCUUCAACACUGGAAUCCAAGGAUGUGAUGCUACACCUAGAAAAAAAUUGGCAUCUGACUAUCCCAGGAUACUCAAGUGAAGAUCGGAAAAGCAACACCGACUGUCCCUCAAGUGAUGUGCACAGAAAGCGCCUUGAUAUGAUACGUGCCCUGGUGGAGUCUUCACAAUCAGAAUUCUACCCAAACAAUUCUAAAGAAAUGGUGAGACAAGGACUUGGUAACUUGUCUGGCGCCAACCACAUUAUGAAAGCCUCCCCUAGUCCAGAUCAACUUGUUGCACAACCAACUGCAUCUCAAAUGCUUCAUCAGAUGACAAGGUUCUGAUAGAGCACCCCUGCUUUGUCUGUUCAGCUACAAAUGAGUGUACAUUUUUGGUUGAUAAAACUGUGAGGGGUACAGAUCUGCACAGCUAGGCGAUUCUGAAUAAAUAGAAAACGCUAAGAAGUGCCAAAUAAGAUACUGACCAACUCGAGACAUGCUAGGAGUUCGUUUUAAUUAUCCUGUGUAUAUUAUUGUGGAAGAUGAUGAGCUAAGGAGGUUUGUCUACAAACUACAUAGCUGUAUAUUAUGUGCUUUCAUAGUCAUACCAUGCUGUAAUUUUAUUUAUAUUCACGAGUGGAGUUUGAAUUUCACGAAUGAAUUGUAAUAGGAAGCAUAUUUUUUAUAUUCUUUAGAAAAGUAACUAUAGGUGAAUUUUUAUUAUACUGUGAAAUUUUGCCCUCAUUAGACUAUUCUGAUAUUGUAAUUUGAUAUGUCCUCUGUCCUUAAUUGAUCUAAAGUAGACCGCAUUUUUAUUUGAGAUUGUA